UACAAUUAUUCUGCUGUGCCUACUGAUUCAAUAGAAAAAUUAAGAAACAAUUUAAUCCUACUAUCAAACUCUUUAAAAAAACUAAAACUAGACCUAAUCAAAUCAAACAACAACUACUCGCUACCCGACUACAACUCCCUACAAAAUCAAUACAUUGUCAUUGUAACCCAAUUAUCAAUUAUAUCUUCAAUCUUAUCUGAAAAUUCCCACAUCUUAAAAAAGACAAACGUUUAUCCUCUACCAAACUCAAAUCCAAUCAAAAAUGAACCUCUUUUCAACUCUCUACUAAGAAAAAAACCAUUGCCCGAAGUUGAACAGUGGCUAAAGGAUUCAGAUUCUCUAAUCGACAACAUCAUCAACUACAAUACAAACAACUCAAACAACCCAAGUCAAAUUGCGAGUCUCAACAACAUCAACAACAACAAAGACGACGCCUUUAUCCUUUGGUGCUUCAAUGAACUCAAAAAAAACGUCAAAAACUACAAGUUCUUCGACGACUUCACUCAGCAAGAGCACCUCUCUGGGCAGGUGGAGGAAAUCAAAAAG